AUGUCUGCUCACGAGCAAAUGAGGGCAAUGUUAGAUCAAUUAAUGGGAACGGCUCGUAAUGGUGAAUCUGAUAGACAUGGAGUUAAAUUUUACGAUGACACUGUAUGCAAAUCGUUUUUACUGCAGUGCUGUCCACAUGAAAUUUUAUCAUCGACUAUGAGGGAUAGAUUGUAUGAGUUAGGCUGUUCUCGAAUGGACUUAGGUGAGUGUCCUAAAAUACAUGAUCUGGCUCUCCGUGCGGACUAUGAAUUAGCAUCAAAAACCAAAGAUUAUUUCUACGAUAUAGAUGCCACAGAACACUUGGAGGCUUUCAUAGCUGACUGCGACCGUCGCACAGCAGCGGCUAAGCAGCGUCUGGCAGAAACACAAGAAGAGCUAUCAGCUGAAGUGACAGAAAAGGCUAAUGCAGUACAUGAAUGGGCAGAACAGAUUGGUCAGAAAUUGGCCCGAGCCGAGGCUCUCGGGGAAGAGGGUAUGGUUGAAGAGAGUGUUAAGCUUAUGGGAGAGAUAGACGAGCUACGCAAGAAAAAAGCAGUAGCAGAACAAGACUACCGCAACUCGAUGCCGGCGUCGUCCUACCAGCAGCAGAAGCUGCGCGUGUGCGAGGUGUGCUCCGCCUACCUCGGCAUACACGACAACGACAGACGUCUCGCGGACCACUUCGGUGGGAAACUGCAUCUGGGUUUUAUAACUAUACGAGAGAAGCUGGCCGAGUUGAAAAAAACUGUAGAGAAGCGUCGCGAGGAGCGCGGUGCGAGUGAGCGCGAGCGCAGCGGCGGGCGGCGCCAGUACGUGGGCGGGCGCGAGCUGGACCGCCGCGCGCGCCGCCACCGCGAGACCGCGCGCGACCGCCCCGAGCGCGCCGAGCGCCCCGAGCGCCCCGAACGCGCCGAGCGCCCCGAGCGCGCCGAGCGCCCUGAACGCGCCGAGCGCCCCGACCACCGCGACCGGGGCAAGGAGCGCGAGCGCGACCGCGACAGGAGACGGAGUCGGUCCCGUAGCAGAAGCAAGCGCGACACGUCGCGGGAGAAGUCGCGCGGUCGCGAGCGCGACGCGCGUCGUAGUCGCUCCUACCGCUCGUCCUCGCGCGAGCGCCGGCGCGAC